AUGAGCAUCGUUUCUGACCGACAUGAAAGCAUUAUAAAAGAAGCCAUCACAGUGUACCCAGAAGUACCGCAUGGGGCUUGUAGCUUCCAUCUGCUCAAAAACAUGAAAAACAAGUUCAAGAAGAACUCAAAAAAGUUCAAGGAUACAUUUUUUGCAGCAGCGAAUGCAUACACUGUGAAAAAGUUUGAGUACAAGAUGAGAGAACUUGAUAAGAUUGACAAAAGGCUGCGACCUUACCUACAACAAAUUGGGUAUCACAAAUGGGCAAGGAUUCACUCUCCAAACAAUAGAUACUCAAACAUGACAUCAAACAUCGCAGAAUCUUUGAAUUCUACAAUCGUAGCAGUAAGAGAGCUACCAAUUUGUACGAUGCUAGAGUGUUUACGUGCUUUGGUACAACGGUGGAGUUGGACUAAUAGGAACAUAGCAAAUGCAACCUCCACAAAGUUGACAGACAAGCAUGAAGUGAUCCUGAAUGACAACUACAUUUACUCAUUGAAGUUAACGGUGCACCCAACAAAUCAUAUUUUCUAUGAAGUUCAUGAUGAUGGCAAGAAAUCAAUAGUUGAUCUCAAUUCAAGAACAUGCACAUGCAACAGGUUUCAAAUGGAUCAACUUCCUUGUGCCCAUGCAAUUGCUAUUUUUAAAGAAACUAAUCAAGAUACUUAUCAAUAUUGUUCUCCAUAUUACACCAAGGAAGCCAUUGUUGCAACUUACAAAGAAAGUAUAUAUUCACUUGGAAAAUACCUGAACAUAUCAAAGCUGUGA